ACGUCACUGUUUACAAACAAAAAGCACCGGAAGUGAGACAGGCAAAAACAAGAUUACGGAAAGAGUGGCGAGAAAGAGAGAGAGAGAGAGAGAGAGUGACGUACUCCUGUAUCAGCAAGACGAGUGGGCAUCUAAACCAGCUUAAACUCUUUUAUAUAUCACACAGUGUUUAUCUUACGGAGUAAACAAGAGCGCUUUUGUAAAGACCACACAUCACUAUGAGUUGAAAUGUGUUUAGUGAAAUGCAAAAGCUGGACUCAAAAAAACCAUACUGACCUUCAACGCUUCACUUUUUAAAGAUAAUCUGAAAACAACUGGUGACACACUUUGCUUCUGGCUCUACCUUUGAAUGUCACUACUCCUAAAAUAGGACCACCAACCAUUAUUUCUCCAUCUUGGUAUAACAGGUUUCAUAUUUUUAUGACUACUUCAGAAGUACACUGUAAUGCAUUGGAUCUUGCCUGCUGUUUGUAAAUGUUGACUUGCUAUUCGCCUCCCGAGUAAGAUACUCUGUGACUCAGCUGUUCCCAGAAUUAGGCAGGGCACAACAAGACUUUUAGACAAAGGUGUGCAUAAAACUGCCAAUUUCCAAUCCCAAUGAUGGAUAAAGCAUGAAAUGUAAACUUUAUUGAGUUUAUGACAUAUUGAGAAAUUGAUAAAAUAGUUUUGCUUUUUGGCUUAACGCAUCAAGCAUUUAUAUUGCAGUCACCUUUCAAGUGCUAAACCUCAGAAAUAUGCAUUAAACAAAACAUUUAGGAUAUAAAGGCAAACACUGCCAGGAUUAUCAGUAAAAAGUGUUUCAUAGCUGUUUUAAACAAGUUAAAUUGGGCUUUAUACUAGAACAGGUCAUGGCAGAUUCCUGUUCAGACACUGUUGAUGGUGAGAUUUUGAACGCGACCAAAAAGGAGGACUUUGACCCCGCUAAACCGCAGGACAAAGAAAUCAGCCAAAAAGAGGAUGUCUCAGAAGUUGAGCAAUCCUCUAGUAGCAUCCCACACCUUAUGAAAGAUGACAUCGCACCCAGCAAAGAUCCUCCCACAACCACAGCUUCCCUUGAAGAUGAUGCUAAAGCAACUCAGUCCAUCUCUGUGACCAGCAAAAGCCAAGACAAAACAGAUGAUUCUGAAAUCAUCAAUAGCCAAUCCUAUACGGCCAGUCAGUCGGAGGUGACGCCCACUUUCUCCAUGGCCAGUCUGGAAUUCUCAGAGGAGACACCACCUUUGAUUUCAACUAAAUCUGCUCAGGAUGUCGAUUAUCAGUCACCUGACAAAGUCCCCUCUCAAGGGAAUGAAGGAGCCAGUGCUGGGGCUUCUAGGGUCGUGGCAUCAGAGCCGACCAUGCCGGCGUAUUAUUUCGUCAAGUGGAUUACCUGGAAGGAGAAGAAGACGGCCAUCAUCACACAGAGCGAGAAUGGACCCUGCCCAUUGAUAGCUAUCAUGAACAUACUGUUGCUGCGGUGGAAGGUGAAGUUGCCGGCCCAAACUGAAGUGGUCACCACAGAAGAGUUGAUGGCUCACCUCGGUGAAUGUGUGCUGUCCAUCAAACCACGCGAGAAAGCAGAGGGGAUGGAACUCAAUUUUCAGCAGAAUAUGAGCGACGCAAUGGCUGUGCUGCCAAAACUGUCGACGGGCCUCGACGUUAACGUGCGAUUUACAGGCGUAUCUGAUUUCGAGUACACGCCCGAAUGCAUCGUCUUUGAUCUCCUCGACAUUCCUCUUUACCACGGCUGGCUUGUAGACCCGCAGAGUCCUGAAACGGUGAAUGCCGUGGGAAAACUCAGCUACAACCAACUGGUUGAAAAGAUUAUAGAGUUCAAGCACUCGACGGACAGCAGUCAAGUCAGUGAAGGUUUGAUAGCAGAGCAGUUUUUGGAGUCCACAGCAACCCAGCUGUCAUAUCACGGCCUGUGUGAGCUGAACACAACGGCUAAAGAGGGCGAGCUCUCCGUGUUCUUCAGGAACAACCACUUCAGCACAAUGAUAAAGCACAAGGGUUACCUUUAUCUGCUGGUCACAGAUCAGGGUUUCCUGCAGGAGGAGAAUGUGGUGUGGGAGAGUCUUCAUAAUGUUGAGGGUGAUGGGAAUUUCUGCGAUUCAGAAUUCAGGCUGUGCCAUCCGUCUCAGAAACCCACAGCCGCCAGUCGUCCCACCGUACAGCAACAAGCGCAAAUGCAGAUCGAUCAGCAGGAGCAAGGUGAAGCUCCUGGACCCAUAAGUGACCUGGAGCUGGCCAGACAACUUCAGCAGGAGGAGUAUGAGCAACCCCAGACACAACAGCAGCCCUCAGCAGGACAGGCGAGAGGUCAAGCCACGGCCCAGCCCGAAAGACAGAGGCGGCGAGAAAAGAAGGAAGAUUCAGAUUGUUGUAUUCUUUAAAUGAUAGUCUGACCACAACAAUAACCAGACUGUUUAAAAGCAGAUCAGCUUCAGUUAACAUCUUUUUUCUGUACCAGUGUUGAAACAAGGGACUCUGUCAACCUAAUGCCAAGCCUGCCUUUAUAGUAGUCAUCCUCUUUAUUUUCUGUUAGUCUCGUAGUUAAAACUGUUGCUUAUUAUUAUCUGCUGGACCAAAUAAAGGUAGCAAUUGUUUUUAAGCAUUUCUUCGAGCACCAGGAAGGAAUUUCUAACCGUGGCAGGAUAAAGUGUCAUUUGAAGGACUGUAAUGGUAAAUUAUCAGGUAUUGUUAUACGACUUUAAUAUUACACUGAACUACUACUGUCUGAAGUUGAUCUGUACAUAGUCGCAUCCAAAGUUAUGUAUUGUACACUAAGUACACAAAACUCUGCUUUGAUUCGCUCAGCGAACUGUCCCUUAUGCUGAGCUAAUAAAAGCUACAUCUGUGUUAAAAGGAAA